AUGAUUGUGAUGGCUAUGCCCGCUACCAACACAUGGUUGGAAAUCGAAAUCAGAACCAUGAUCUAAUCAAUUUAUGAAUUACAUGACUUGUAAAUCAUAAUUUUAGAAUCAGAUUUUAUCCGUGCCUGUAAAGAGAAAAUAUUGCAUGUAAAGUCAUUGUGGAAAUAUCUCCUCCAGUUUUUCUACGUGACAUCAAAAUCAACAGAAUUCCGUAGAGAAGUCUGAAGGUAUGCGUUUCAAUGUAUGUAAUAAAAAGUAUGUUUCACAAUUCAAAACAACUGCGUUUGCAACAACUAUCCUAAAAUAAACCUCCUUCAAAAAUGGCUAAACCUCUAGUCCACUUGACAGUAAUUUUCAUUAACACACUUACAGACGAUGUUUCUUGAAAAAAGUUUUCAAGUUUCAAGAUACAAUUUUCGAGAUGCAGCUUUGAAGUUCAUUCAUUCACAAUUGCACUUCUUGUUUAGUGGAUUUUAUCUCACGGGCUAAGACUUGACUGUUGAUUAAUGAUGCCGAUCUACUGGGUGAUGCGUCAGUAGAUGGAAUGCGUUUCUAAGGAGAGGACUCAACAUGGUGCAAACAGAGACAUUCCGUCUGUUGGGUUAUUUUUUUGCCACCAUUAAAAUAGUGUUAUCAACACUGGAAGCCAUCAAGUGCACUGUUGAUAUUGGUGGUAUCCAUGACUUUAUGGAGCUUAUUAAGCUGAUUUUGUCAUUCGUGUUCACCGUAUUCAGCUUGCUUCUGAUUUUGGGAAUCAGAUUGCUGCAAGAGAAACUGAUUCUUAUUAAUAGAUUAUUCUCGAUAGUAGUGAACGCAUUGAUGAUCGUUUACACAACGGGAAAAUAUUUAACAAUGAUGAUCGUUAGAAGACAAACGGAAAAAGGACUGAUUGCGUUGAUCAUCAUCGUGGUUAUAUUGAUUGUUAUACUGAUUUUUGAAGUUUGGUUAAUCAAUGGAGUACUGCGGUAUGUACGGAAGAAAAGAUCGCCACAAAUUAAAAAUAAGCUGAAUCGAAGAAAUACUGGGAGGAGCGAUGAAAGUGAUACCUAAAUUAUUGUUUUUUUUCACAAAGUUAAACAUAAUUUUGUUAAUACCAUUAUUUUUAUAAUUGUUAACGAAUCAUUUACAUUCAAGAUGAAUACUCAAAUAAAUUUACUUUUCUAUUGUUUCA